AUGGCACACAAAAAGAAAGAGGGUUCUCACCCUAAUGAUAAUGGUACCACUGUCUCAUUAGAUCCUGUUCCAGAGUUUACCAUCGAGAAGGGUCCCAUUAGACCUUAUCUAGUCACUGAACCCCCUGCUGAAUUGGCUAAGGCACGUACCGUAUUUCCAUUGAAGGAAAAAUUAGCAAUUGCCAUCUUGGCGCUCUUUACCGCCUCUAUAAGACUGCCAAAUCUACAAAAACCUGAUAGUGUUGUCUUUGAUGAGGUUCAUUUUGGUAAAUUCGCAUCAUAUUACAUCAAGGGAGAAUUUUUUAUGGAUGUCCAUCCACCAUUGGCCAAAAUGUUGUAUGCCGGUGUGGCUGCAUUAGCUGGAUUUAGAGGUAAUUUUAUGUUUGAAAAUAUUGGUGACGUAUUCCCAGCUGAUGUCCCAUACGUCCUGAUGAGAUUCUUCUCAGCUAUGCUGGGUGCAUUGACCGUAAUGCUACUAUAUUUAACUUUGAGGUCUUCCGGUGUAAGGCCCUGGGUUGCCUUUGUUAGUGGUGCAUGCUUCGCCAUUGAAAAUUCCUAUGUCACCAUUUCUCGUUAUAUUCUUUUGGAUGCUCCGUUGAUAUUUUUUAUUGCAGCUGCCGUAUAUUCUUUCAAGAAAUAUGAAAAUUAUAAGAGUUUCUCCAUUGGUUCCAUUAAGUCCUUAUUUGUGGCAGGUGUAGCCCUUGGUAUGGCUGCAUCUGCUAAAUGGGUUGGUCUAUUCACUAUUGCCUGGGUCGGAUUACUGUGUAUUUGGAGACUAUGGUUCAUGAUCGGUGAUUUAUCCAAAUCUACAAAGUCAAUCUUCAUUAUUGCAGUAUCUAAAUUGGUUUGUCUCUUAGGAUUACCAUUCUUAUUGUAUCUGUUAUUUUUCUAUGUCCAUUUCCAAACUUUGACCAACGAUGGUGAUGGUAGUAGUUUCAUGUCUUCUGCAUUUAGAAGUACUUUGGAAGGAAAUAAGAUUCCAACAGAUGUGAUUCCAACAGUUGGUUUGGGUUCAUUGAUCACGUUGCGUCAUACUGGUACCAUUGGUGGUUACUUGCAUUCGCAUUCUCAUAAUUAUGAAACUGGGUCUAAGCAACAACAAAUUACUUUAUACCCACAUCUAGAUUUUAACAAUCAAUGGAUUAUUGAAUCAAACACUCAAGCAGGUAUUACUUUCCCUAACUUCCAAAAUAUUACCAAUGGGAUGAAAGUUAAAUUACUACAUUCUACCACUCAAUGUAGAUUACAUUCUCAUGAUUAUCCUGCUCCAGUCUCCGAAAGCACUGACUGGCAAAAGGAAGUUUCCUGUUACGGGUACCCUGGUUUCCCAGGUGAUGGUAAUGAUGAUUGGAUCGUGGAGAUUGAUCAAAAGCAAACAGAACCCGGUAUCGCACGUGAGCAAAUCAUUGCAUUGAAGACUAAAUUCAGAUUAAAGCAUGCCGCUACACAUUGUCUAUUAUUCUCACAUGACACCAAAUUACCUGAUUGGGGGUUCGAACAACAGGAGGUUUCAUGUGCAACUCAAGCUCAAGAUUAUCUAACUCUUUGGUAUGUUGAAGGUGAUGAAAACCCAAUCUUACCAGAAGAUACCGAACGUGUUUCCUAUGAAAGACCAACUUUCUGGCAAAAAUUUGUUGAAUCCCAUAUUAAAAUGUGGAAUAUUAAUCAAGGUCUAGUGUCACAUCAUGUGUUUGAAUCUUUACCUGCUUCAUGGCCGCUAUUAAAGCGUGGUAUCAGUUACUGGGGUGAACAUGACCAACAUUUAGGUAUCUACUUAUUAGGUAACGCUGUUGUCUGGUGGUCUGUCACAGCAUUUAUUGGUAUCUUUGUCGUGCUCUGUUUGAGUGAAUUGAUUGCUUGGCAAGUGGGCAAACCAGUCUUACAAGAUAAGGAUGUUAUAAAUUUCCAUAUUCAAGUAAUUCACUAUUUGUUAGGUUUUGCAGUGCAUAUUGGCCCAUCGUUCUUAAUGGGACGUCAAAUGUUCUUACAUCAUUAUUUGCCAGCUUAUUACUUUGGUAUCCUUGCAUUUGGUCAUGCACUAGAUAUUACCGCCACAUACGUAUUGAGAAGAAAGAAGAAUUUUGCUUACACUUUGUUGGCAGUAUUCUUUGCACUCUCCUAUUAUUUCUUCAAAGAUCAUUCUCCUAUCAUUUAUGGUACGGAAUGGACUAAGGACCUUUGUAACAAAUCUAAGUGGGUAAGUUCAUGGGAUUAUAAUUGUGGUAUCUACUUAGAUAACUACGAGGAUUACAAGAAUUUGACUAUAACAAAACCAUCAGCUCAACCAUCUGUUACAUCAGUAGUACCAGAAGUUGAAGAUGUUCAACCAGAACGCCCUAAACACCAAGUAACUGGAGUAGCUCCAGAGCAUGAUGCAAAUAUAGACGCCAUCUUUAAAUAUCCUGGUCCAAAGGUCUUCAAAGAUCAAUUUGGUAAUAUAAUGGAUCCAGAAAGAGCUAGAAAGUUACUUGAAGAGGAUGCAGGCAAAGUCUUAAGAGUGGAACAGAACACUGUCAAGAAAAAUAAGGGGACAGCAUAUUAG